AUGGCGACAGCCGUCCAUCAUGCCAUGACCAUGCCGUCAAACUUCGGAAACGCCAACCAGUGCUUCGAUCCCGACACGGAUUCGCUCUUCGACUUCAGCCAGCUGCCCUCGCCCACGCCCCCCACCAUCUCCAGACAGCCGUCCAACGCUGCAUCCGCCAUCACUAGCCCCACCAACACCGUCCUCGAUGGCGAAGACAUGCAGACGCCCGCAAAGCCCAGCCACGAGUAUGAGCGCUUCAAGCAGCAAACCGGUCUGCCCACCGGCUCUAUUGCAGGCAUCAACCCCUCAUACAGCUCGAGUCACUCCAUGUACUCAUCCACAGGCAUCGAUGAGAUGAGCCUGAUGGGUGAGUCCUCCAUGAUGGGAGGCUGGAACAGCGGUAUCCCCAUGGAUAUGGACGUGUCCAUGUCGCAGCCCGCCUUUUUCUAUCCCUCCAACGGCGCCUCACAGUCAUCCGACUUCGUGGACCCCAGCGCUAUUACCCAAGAGGAGGUACAGAACGUCCGCGUCUGGCCUGGCAUGCAUCAGCAGCAAGCCCAACAGCAGGCACUUGCCAAGGCCCAAGCACAGGCUCAGCAACAGAGGGCCCAGCAGCUUGCCCAGCAAAGGCAUCAGCAGGCCAGUCAGCAACAGAGCCGCCAUCACCAUGGUCGCAAUGCUUCCAACAGCCCCUUGAGCGACGCCCGCACAGAGGAGACCAUAGCUCGCGUUGUCAAUCAGAUCCGUCAGCAGAGCCAGAACAGCGCCCUCGCUGGUGCCAAUGGUCAAGGUGACCUUCUGCCUCACAUCAUCCGUGCGAAGAAGGAUGAGGAGGACAUGGACGAGGAUGAGCGCCUGCUCGCCUCCGACGAAGGCAAGAAACUUAGCUCCAAGGAGCGUCGCCAGCUUCGUAACAAGGUCUCCGCUCGCGCUUUCCGAUCGCGCAGGAAGGAGUACAUCGGCCAGCUUGAGGGCGAGGUUGCUAUGAAGACCAAUGAAUGCAACGAGCUUCGUACCCAGAACCGCGCUUUGAUGGAGGAGAAUGCCCGCUCCAGAGCAUUCAUUGAGCGUCUCCUCCGCCACCAGGCUUUCACUCCCUUCCUGGAGGAGCUUUCCCGUGACGAGAGCCUCGAGACCAAGCCUGCGAUGCCCACUCUCUCCGGUUCUACCACCCCUACCCCUGCACCCGUUCGCAAGGACGUCAGCGCCUACCAGAGUCAGCAAUUUGGUGCUAUGUCGCAGCCUCAAGUCGGCAUGACCCUCGUGCCCGAGACCCCUCUGGACAUGUCGAUGCUCAACUUGAACUCGAACGGCUGGGCCAUGAACAACGGCAGCUCCUCGUUCAACUAUCAACAGCCGCAGGUCUUUGCCGUGACUCAGCUCCCCGCCGGUCCCAGCCACCCUCUUGACAUGGAUGUCCUCUCUGGCAAGGGCUACAGCUCUAUCUUUGCUGCUGAAGAUGAUGCCUCAGCUGAGCAAGCCAAGCCUGACUACCCUGUCGUCGAGCGAGCCAUGCCUUCUGAGAAGCCUGCUCCGGUCGAGGCCGAGGAUGAAGACCCAGAGUUCGAUCUUUACAACUCUGCGCCUGCUUCCAAGUCUGCCGUUGUCAUCCCCAGCAUUGAGAACCACGAGUCUCUCUUCGGUGACGUCAGCUCCGAAAAGGUCUUCGCGCACUUCCAGCUCCAGAUUUCCGAUGAGGUCGCUGAUGAGCUCAAGAUGGCCCGCUUUCAGAGACAAUGUGCCAGGAUGGAGGCAGUUUUCGACCGUGUUGCGGCUUUGACAUCGCACCUCGACUCAUGA